ACUGAAAACAUGAAUCCUGAGAAAGGUCACAGUUGGGAUAAUUUAACGGCGGACCUUGUCGAGCGUGUUGUUAGCUUCCUGGAUCCAAACGAGGUGGUAUGUACCGUCAAGGAAAUCAAUAAGGCCAUGGCGAGCCAGUUUCGGGAAAAAGUAGCUAUCCGGUUGUCGCAGCCCGUACCCCAUCACGCGUUCAACAGGCACUGGAGCCGCCCGGAAGCAGUUCAGAACUUCACACGAAGUAAGCGCCGAGAGCUCGUAGUCCUGACGGCCCGCAGCGGCAGCCUGGCCAACCUGCAGGUCGCCGUCAAGGCAGCGAGCUGCGAGCUCUCCUGGGAGGUCUUCAACGCAGCAGCCGAGGGCGGCAAUAUUGAGAUGUGCCAGUGGCUGCAGGGAAAAGGCUGCUUCUUCAUUUCUGAGGAAGCGCCAGCAGCAGCUGCCCGAGGUGGCCAUCUGGAAACGGUCCGGUGGCUACUGCAACAGGAGCGUGAUUUUCGAGAGCUACGGAGAGCCGGUUCCCAAGCAUUUAUAGCAGCCGCCUGUGCCGGUCAUCAGACUGUGUGUGAGGGGCUCCUGGAGGACGGUACUCCGUUGAAACACUGGAGGUGUCUUCCUGGUGCCGCCCGUGGUGGCCAUGUGGGCCUCACACACAGGCUCCUUCAGCUUGAGUCAGAAUAUGGGUCAGUGUCGGGACUCAUGGCCGAUAUUGUCAAGGAAGCUGCAUAUGGCUUCGACCUGGCGGCAUUGCAGCACCUGUACAGGAGGUAUGGUUGUGAUUUUGACGAUGAUUUUGGUGAUGAUGCCAGCAGCCUACUAAUUGGCUACACCCUUGUGGAGGCCCUGGUGAGCCCCACCCCCGACUGGCGGGCCAAGGUGGAGUGGCUGCAGGCUCUGGGGUAUCGCUUCCACAGCAUUGAGUUCUUCAGUUGGGAGGCCCUUGCCAGCCUUCCGGAUGCUGUGGAGCGGGCACAGCGGCUGCUUAUGGAGGUAGAGGAAAAGGAUGUCGUAGUACAUAUCCUCAUCAGCGCCGCACGUGUUGAUAACCUGUCCCUGAUACGCUACUUGCGAGCGGGGAGGGACUGGCUUCCAGAACGCACGAAGGAUGCAGUAUCAGUAGCAGCCCGUGCCGGCAACAAGGUGCUGCUGGUCGAGCUGGUGACCUUGGGCUGGCGGCUUUCUGUGCGGACUGCAAUGCAUGCUGCAGAGCACGGUCACCUGCACAUUCUUAGAUGGAUGUAUGCAUGUGGUGGUCCAGAGCUCAUCCAGGAGCUCAUGCAGCAGUACCAGGUUCUGUUGAGUUAUGCAACAUUGUCUGGUAGUGUGGAGGUCAUGGAAUGGCUGCUAAAUGAUCUAGCCUUGCCCUGGAGUGGAGAGAAGCUUCUUAAUGAAGCGGUGAUGGCAGGCAGUCCAGCAGUAUUGGAGUGGCUUGUGGCACGGGGCGUCCCCAUGGGGGAUGAUGGUGAGCUUUACAUAACGGCAGCACACUAUCAAGACCUGGUCAUUCUGCGUUGCCUGAGGCGGCUGGGCUGCCCCUGGGGCCCCGGCGUCUUCAGCCGAGCGGUGUACGACAAGGACUAUGGCAUUACCCUAGAGAACCUUCACAGGGGCAGUACCGUAGAGGUCCUUCAGUGGCUGCGCGCCGAGGGUUGCCCGGUGGACUGGGAGGAGGCCAGUAGCCGGGCCAAGACCAGGAAAAAUAAAAGUUUGAGGGAUGAAAAUGCUGUCGCUGUCCAUGCCUGGAUUGAGAGCAUAGCGCCGAAGUAGCUGUUGGGACGAGCUGGGGGGGUCUACAACAGUUGCAGAUGUGCGUAUUAAGCAAAGCAAAUAAACAGCAGCGAAUUUCUGUGAGGGAGAGGAAGAUUGAAGACGGCGGGGAGCUGCAAGGGGAUGAUGGGGAGGGUUUACGAUAGAUGCCUGCUUGGGAAGUGGGAACCUGAACGCCUGGCAAGGAGGCUGGAACGUAUGUGGUCCCACCACAAUUCUAUCGUUCCCAUUGGUCGUUAGUCUCCUCUAUCACUUGCUUUGUCUGAAGUGCUUAUGGGUGACCUGGCAGCCCUUGAGCCCUUGGCUCGUAUUGGGUGGUUUGCAGGUAGUACGGGAAUGCACCCAAGACCAUUUAACACACACACAGAUGGCCUGAUUGGAGUGAAGUGGAGGGGCAGCAGUGGGAUCAUUGUAAGAGCCUGGCUU